AUGUCUCGAAGUGAGAUUGACUCACUUAAAUCCCGCUUUGCAGAUGGUGUUCAAACCAAAUUACGGAGUGGAGGUGAACGUCAAAGUGGCAGAUACUCUGAUAUUUAUGAUUUUGAGUCUCCUAGAGGGAAAAAGACUCCAGCCAAGAACAAAUCUAUGACUUCAGAAAAGAAAAAGGCUCGCAGUGUUAAAAGUCCAUCAAGAGCAACUUCACCCAGAAGAGCCACCUCACCUAGGAGAGCUGUUUCACCCAGAAGGGCGACUUCACCCAGGCCACGUACGAUAAAGAAGAAGAAUACGUCCACUCCAAUCUCUAAAUCCAACAAUGCCAGAAAUGAUUCUAUGAAAACUUUCAAAACGCCAAAAUCUGCCACCAAACAUGCACCCUCGACAUCAACCCCAAAAACCAAACUCAUCCCAUCUUAUAAGUUUGUCAAACCCUAA